AUGUUGUGACCCAUAACGCUCUGCUUACUCCCCCCCCCCCUCCGUGAGCGAACAAAACCAUUAGAAAAAUCGCCAUUUUUUGACCAAAAACCCACCCUCCGUGAGUGAACAAAAAUUUUUUAAUAAUAGAAAAAAUUUUUAAUGGAAAAAAAUUUUGAUAUAUAAGUGAUAAUUAGUAUAAUGAAAUCUAGAGCUAAUUCUGUUUAAUUUUAAACAAAUUGCGUUUUAAAACAUAAAUUUUGCAAAUUAAAUUAAUAUUUGCUUCCCAAUUUUUGCAAAUUAGGAUUUUUUUAAAUUUCGAAAAAAAUAUUUUUUAUAAAAUUUAUAUAUAAAUUUUUUUUAAAAAAAAAAAUUAAACCCCCCUCCGUGAGCGAACAAAAUUUUUUUGUUCGCUCACGGAGGGGGGGGGGGGGAGUUAGCAGUCCAGACUUAUAGAGAAAAAUACCAAAAAACCCAAAAAGGCAAAAUUGGGCUGACUAUUGAUAGUGGGUUUAGCCUCCCUUGGGACGCGACAAAUCCUGACGAUAUCAAAGCAGUCGACAUUUCUUUUGCAUUUUCUUAUGGCUGGCUUGGUGACCCAGUGGUAUUUGGCAAAUACCCACAAGAAAUGAGCGAUUUUAUAACAGGAAAUCGUUUGCCUUCUUUUACAGCUGAACAAAGCAAGCUAUUAAAAGGUUCUUUUGACUUCUUAGGAGUGAAUUAUUACGCCAGCAGUUAUGUUCAAUAUACAGGAACCGUAGGAAACGACUAUGGGAGUGACGGAAGGUUUGACUCAAGCCCUUACAAUAAAUCUGGAAACUUAAUAGGCCCUUUUGCAGCUUCUACAUGGCUUAAUGUGUACCCACCUGGGCUUAGAGGACUUUUAAACUGGGUCGCCAAAAGAUAUGACAACCCUGAGCUGAUUAUUUUCGAAAAUGGGGUCAGCUGUCCUGGGGAAAAUGACAUGCCAGAAGCCCAAGCACUUAACGAUACAUUUAGGAUGGAUUAUAUAUACAACCACAUUAUGAAUAUGGUAGAUGCUAUUGUAAAUGAUAAAGUCAAGGUAAAAGGGUAUUUCCUGUGGUUGCUGCUUGACAACUUUGAGUGGACUGAUGGAUAUCAUAUCAGAUUUGGGAUCACUUAUGUGGAUUAUAACAAUAAUUUAACAAGGACGAUUAAAAAUUCUGGAUAUUUGUACCAGAGCUUGAUUGGGUAUUUGGGGACUCAUCAUGUUGAAGAAGCGAAAAAAAUUUCAAUGAAUGAAUUUGAGGAGAGAGGGAAGUACUUGAACCAGCUAAUUGAAUAG